AUGAAAUUGAGUUUUUCAAUUCUAUUCAUCGUCUUGUUAGCACAGCAAUCUCAUUGUUUGGGUGAAAAAAUGAGGGAAUAUCUAGUGAAAAUUGAAACUAACUUAAAAAUGGAGAAUAUUAACUUUCAAGGGCAGCCAGAUGAAAAUAUAGUUGAAAAUCAAGGUGUUGCAGUGCCUGGACCAGUAGUCCCUGGGGUUGUUCCACAAGUUGAAAAUGGUAUUCCACCUGUAGUGACACCUCAAGCACCACUUGUAGUGACAACACCAGUACCACCUGUAAAUCCAAAUAUUGAAGUUCCUCAAACACCAAAUGUCAUUCAAAAUGCAAAAACUGAAAAUGCAGAAGAAGGCAAUGAAGAAAGAAAUGAAAAUGUAGAAGAAGCCGAAGAAGAAGUUGUAGAAUGA